AUGAAGCUCGCCGUCGUCCCUGCCCUUGCCCUCCCUGCCGCAGUCGCCGCCCACGCCGCGCGCGAUGUGCACCUCCACGCCCGCCAAAGCGCUGCCACAGGCUCCUCCUCUGCUGGUUCUGUUACGACCCCCGCCGCGGGUGCCUUGACCACCCCCUCCCUGACGUUCACCCUCCUCUCCACGAACCCCACCGCCGUUCCCCUCACCGAGAUCGCCUCUGGGGUGUCUUCGUUCGCGACCGUUGCCGCGACUACCACCUUCGCAGCGGGCACUACCCCCACCUUCCUGCCCAAUGCUCCUGCGCUCCCUAAUGGUGACCGCGGCGCUCGUCCCAUCAAACUACCCACCCUUGGACAAACCCCGGACCCCACCUCAGACCAAGUGAAGGCGUGGAUCCAGGAAGUCAACAAUUCAGGUGUGACCAUCCCUAGCUUCUCGCCUACCAACCCUGGUGGAUGCGCGAACAACACCGCGGCCGCCGCGGAUGCAAGCCGAUGCUGGUGGACGUGCGGUGGCUGUGAAAACAACGAUGUCUCUACGUGCCCCAACAAGUUGACAUGGGGUUUGACAUACGAUGACGGCCCCGCUCUCCACACUGGCGACCUCCUCAAUUACCUUGACAGCCAGAACCUCAAGGCUACGUUCUUCGUCGUCGGUUCGCGCGCGAUCUCAUACCCGUACCUCCUCCAAGAGGAGUUCAUGGCCCAGCACCAGAUUGCCGUUCACACCUGGAGUCACCCUCAGAUGACCACGCUUACCAACGAGCAAGUCAUUGCUGAGCUCGGCUGGUCGAAGAAGAUCAUUACGGACGUGACCGGCGUUACCCCGCGCUACUGGCGUCCUCCCUUUGGUGAUGUUGACAACCGUGUGCGCGCGAUCGCCAAGGCCUUGGGUCUCGAGACUUCGCUCUGGACCCGCAUUAGCCCAACCGCCACGUUCGACACUGGAGAUUUCGACAUUCCGGGCGGUCUUGUCACCGCCAACCAGGCACUCAACAACUGGGAGGGUAUCAUGGCCAACGCGACGACGAUUAACACCGGUUUCAUUGUCCUUGAGCACGAUCUCUUCCAGCAGACCGUCGAUCUUGCCACCGGCUACAUCCUCCCCGACGCCCUUUCGCGCACGCCCAAGAUCACAAUCGAGCCGAUCAUCACCUGCCUUGGUCUUCCCAUCCGGGAUGCGUACAUUGAGACCAACGACAAUUCGUCGAACCCUGUUUCGUCUGGGUCGAAUGCCCAGACAACCAAAGGCACGAACUCGUCCGGGAACUCAAACACGAGUGCGGCGGUCGGCGUGUCUGCGCCGGCAUCGUUCAUUGCGCUUGGUCUCGCUCUUCUCUCUAGCGUGGCGGCUUUCCUGCUCUAG